ACAAACAUUUGCGAUCGCAGUAGUCAUGCACAAGUUCAUCGUCGCUAACCCAUUUGUUUUUCUGUUUGCACGAAUGAAUUUUCUCAUUCAUUCACGAGCCGCGAUUUCGCUCCGUCCGAACACACAUUAAAUUCAUUCUUUUCGGUCGUUUUAUAGGGUUGAACGCAAAUUAAAUAGACGCAACACUUACCAGAAGCGAAGAUAAAUAUACGUAGAAGCAAUCUACCGCGAUGAAACAGUCUUCUCUGCGAGGAAUCUUUCCGGACAAGCCGGUACCCCACAAGCGGAAUUUUAUACGUGAAAAUGUGAUGCGCAUUCGCACGAUGCACCAGCCGGAACUGCGUAUGGGGGGCAAUUCUGCCCCACUGACUGUCCCCAGAGUUCCGGGUAGCGCAUCCAUGUCACAACUGGAAAACCGCCCAGCUAGACUACUCGGACAGAAACAGUCACGUCGACCCGGGAAUCAGAUGGAAUUGCGUACCCGACAAAUGUCUGAGGUUGCGAAUAACAAUAUAUCACAUCGUAGCAUUCAAACAAAUACUCAGGAUUUUGAAACUGGCGACACCACGUAUACGGAUACAAAACGCCCCUCCCAGCAGGAUCAUGGGCACGGUGACAUUACUGUGAUGUACCCGGAACCGGUUCUGACUGAUAAUGCCGACCAACUGGAUUUCAUCCGCCAGAAUAUUAAUGCUGUGAAGAGUUGGCGUCCUGCUAAGUCCAAUAAUGUCCUAUCCCGCAAUCAGUUACCAAUCAACUACAAGAAAGGUGUUCCGCCAAAGUAUAUCAGGGCUCGACGCGAGUCUGAGGAACCGCCAUCGGUAAAUUCAUCGGAGGCACUCGUAGGGUCUGCUGAUCCGCCGAAGUCAAUCCCCUGCCCUCCUGGACACGUUAUAUUACCAGACGACAAACGGAAGGAAACUCUUCGUGUUCUGCGGGAAAGUAAGCAAAACCCACUUUGUAGUAUAAAAAUUCAAGAGCUGAAUAUGCUGCCUGUGCGCAGUGACACAUUGAAGAUGCAACAACGGAAGAUUGACAUCGAAGGCGACCUGCAGAAGAUUGACGAAGGAAUCAAAAUAUUCCAACGAAAUUGCGUCUUUGUCAAGAUGGACCCUAGAUCACCAUCUCUUCGGGGAGCUGGAUAAAUUUUAGUUAGCCAAUACCACAACAACACCCAAUUGGGGUAACUCGUUCAUUGUCAUCGAAAAAUUCCGAGUUUUUCUCAUAUCGUUUUCAGAUAACUGAAAUUCUCAACACAUGUUCGAAUAUGUUCGUACUGAAAUACAGCUUUUCGUGAUUGUCAAAGUUAAUAACGUAAUGAUAGAGGAAUUCUGUUUGUUGCACGAAAUUCACUGAUUGAUUUAUAGCGCCGUCGCGUGGUUACUCGCCACGCGUGACGUCGCUAGCGGGGCGCUGGGACCAUUAAUAAACAACAAAUAAACGCGGGCUGUGCAAA